UCGACUAAGAAAGAAAGAAGACAGGCAAGGCAGCAUUAGCAUCCAUAUCUGUCUAUCUAUUUGUUUGUUUGUUUGUUAAAUCUCGAUAAAAAUGGGGUACGACACGUUGCAGCCGUCGGGUCUUAUGUCGGACUUCAUUCGGCAGUGCGGCGGAUACGCAGUGGUGGACGGAGGACUCGCCACCGAGCUGGAACACCACGGAGCCGACCUCAACGACCCACUCUGGAGCGGCAAGUGCCUUAUUGGCUCCCCUCAUCUCAUAAGAAAGGUUCAUCUUGAUUACCUUGAAGCUGGUGCCAAUGUUAUCAUAUCUGCAUCCUAUCAGGCUACUCUCCAAGGGUUUGAGGCAAGGGGGCUCUCUAAGGAACAAGGGGAAGCUCUACUCAGGAAAAGCGUAGAGAUAGCGCGUGAGGCUAGAGACAUAUUCCGCAGCAGCAGGAUGAGGAAGCUUCCAGAUAAUUCUUCUUCUUCUUCCUUUGUUCAACCCAUUUUAGUUGCAGCCUCUGUUGGAAGCUAUGGAGCUUUUCUUGCAGAUGGGUCCGAGUACAGCGGGAACUAUGGAGAUUCCAUUACUUUGCAAACUUUGAAAGAUUUUCACAGGAGGAGGGUUCAGGUUCUUGCCAAAUCUGGCGCCGAUCUUAUAGCUUUUGAAACUAUUCCAAACAAAUUGGAAGCCCAGGCUUUUGCUGAGCUAGUUGAGGAAGAGAACAUAAAGAUCCCAGCUUGGCUGUCUUUCAGCUCCAGAGAUGGCUUAAAUGUUGCCAACGGAGAUCCAAUAACAGAGUGCGCCGCCGUAGCUGAUACCUGCAAGCAAGUGGUGGCAGUUGGUAUCAAUUGCACCGCUCCCAGAUUCGUUCAUGGACUCAUACAGUCGAUUCGGACUGUAACUGCUAAGCCAGUAGUCAUCUACCCUAACAGCGGUGAGUCCUACGACGCCGUUUCCAAGAAAUGGGUGCCAACAAAUGAAGAAGAAGAAGAAGAAGAUGGAGAUUUCGUAUCUUACGUAGCUAAAUGGCACGAGGCUGGAGCUUCCCUUAUCGGCGGCUGCUGCAGAACCACACCUAAAACCAUUAAAGCUAUAUCCAAAGCUCUUUCAUCACAUCAUCACACAGAUGAUACUUAGACUUUGCUUGCUCCUUGCUCCUACUUUCCCUUUUUAGUAACUAUUAUCAAUCAAACAAUCAAUCAAUAAUGGUGGUGGUGGUGGAUCUUGUUCGU